AUGAGUUAUCGAGUUAUAGUCGAAUGUGUUCUGACACAAGCUCAGCUGUCUGUUGAUGUAGAAAAUAAAUAUAAAAAACGCUUAGCUGUUUCCAAUAAACUAUCAUUCGAAAUAAUUCACUAUGCACAGAAGUAUCUGACUAUUAUACGUCUCAUGACUACUACUAUCGAUAUUGAUAUAACUGAUAUCAUUCAAAAUAAUCCAUUAUUAGAUGAAGAAAUACUACCAGAUAUAAUAAAAAAGUUUCAAGUUCUUGUACCAAAUACAGAUGAAUUUGAGCCAUUUGAUCCAUCAAAAAUUAUUCGAAGACAGACUAUAAAUAAUGAAUCAUCAACAAUUAAUAUACAAUCAAACAAUCAUAAUAAUCAAACCAUUAUACUACCAGAUAUAACUACUCAACCAUCAUCAUAUCAUAAUUUAUUAAUAACAACUGACUUGAACGGUACCAGCGAUUGUGUUACUUCGAAACGCAAUCUACAGUCUAGUCCUCAUCAACCACUUAAACGCAAGAGAUACACACACCUUAUUAAUACUCCUGAUGAUCCAGUAACAUUAGGAUAUGAUCUUCGAGAUCGUUCAAAAUUAAUUCAGACAAGUGAUGAUUAUAUGACAUAUUAUGAAUCAACAGAUGAUGAAGAUGAUCUUAAUGAAUGUCCUGAUUAUACACUUUUAUCAAAUACAAAAUUAUUAGAAUUUUUGAUAUGUAAAGAUAAAUAUAAUAUCACCGAUGAAGCUAUUCGAAUUUUCAAUCAAUUAGAAUCAAUAUAUGGCUGUUGUCCUUCAUUGUAUCAUUUGAGAAAGUUAAGAGCAACAUUAAAUAAAAAUAUUCCAAUACAAAAAUGUGCUUAUUUACAUGUGAAUGAUGCAAUUAAAUUACUGGUUCAUAGUGAUCCAUCAGUUAUAGAAAACGCAUCAAAUGAAGUACUGCACAUUAAGCAUAAUAUGGAUGGUACAACGAUCGGUGCAUCCACUAAUUUUCUUAUGUCAACAAUCACCUGUAUGCAAUCUGGUGCCAAUAAACAAUCAGUAGCUAAUGUUAUACCAUUAGGACAAUUUAAAUUUGAUAAAGAGAAUAGAACUGAAAUUGAUCGUGUUUUACCAGAUGAAUUUGUUAAUAUGAUGGAAAAGAAAUUAAUUUAUUUAAAGAACUUAAAAUUGGAAUUGGAUUUUCAAAUGUCUAUUGAUAUGAAAAUGAUGUGGCAAGUAAUGGGCCAAUAUGGAAUAUCAGGUAAAACCGAUAUCUCUUUGCUACAGUAUGUUUUCUUGAAAAUGUAUUGGCAUCGAAAAGUAAAAUGGGGGUACGAGCCGUGA